CUCCGUAAUUGGUUAAACGGGUUUUUGAUUAUGCCUUUGAUCACUUCCUUAAUUUCUGUAAACGUAAAACAUACGUGCUUCUUUGUAAUAGAGUUCAACGCGCUAAGUAAAAAGCUAAUUCUUAGUAGUUAAUGUUAUAUUUCAACUUAUAAGCAAAUGGUUAUGGCUAAUGAUAUAAACAACGUUGAGACCGACAGUGUAGCUGUUGAGAUGGGACAAGCAUCAAUAGGGGAGCCAAAAAAACGAAAAAGGCGAAAUAUGUUUGAUGUAAAACCAGAAGACAUCAAGGUGAUUGGAAUCCAUUGAAUUCAGCAAAUUAUUUUUAAUUGUUGUGUUUGCUCCCAGAUUAAAAAAAUAUUUUGCAAACUACUAGGUCCUAUUUUUAAAAUUGAUAGGUUUGUGUCCUUUGUCAAAAUGUUGACAUUUAAAACUAUAAAGCAGUAGAGCUUAGUAAUUAUUGCUAUUGUUUUUAGUAUUAAAAUAAUGGAGUAUUGCGUAAGCUCGCCCAAAAACACAUGUGGAAGAUGAAUGCUCAACUUUUGGAUCUGUUUUAGUUAUUUCACUUAUAACUGUUUGGCACUUUUUUUCUAAGUUUAAUUUUUUUUAUCAUAAUGUUGUUUUGUUUUUCUUUGUGUGUCUUUUAAAAGAUCAUGCUGAAGUUUUAAACAGUGAGUGGUAUCAUGCUCCUAUACCAGUGAGUACUGCCCUGUGCAAAUCAUUUUGCAUAUAUUCUGUUUAACAACUUGAUAAAAACAGAAGUUGGAUUAGAAAUUCAGCCUCCAGAAGGAAUGGAUCAGCCUAAAGAUAAUGGUUCAGGAGAAUUACUUUUAGGACCAGGAAAUGGUGGACUUCAUCCAAGAUUUUCAGAAGCAAAAAAAGCUCUGCCAAAAAUUAUUCGUGCACAGGAAGAGAUGCUUGCCCAAGCCAAGAGGUUUGCAAUGGAACAGUCUGUACAACAUGUGUUAGCCAAGCAAAAAGUUGUCCAACAACAAGAUGUGAGUGCAGUUCAAAGCUCUGCUCAAAGACAAAGAGCUCUUGCUCUCAUGUGCAGGACAUACAUAGGCAGCAUAAACUUUCAGCUCAAUGAAGAAUCUGUUCGCGCUUCAUUUCUACCAUUUGGACCAAUUAAAAUGAUAGAUCUAUCAUGGGAUUCUGCUACAAUGAAGCACAAGGCGCGUACAUCACAAAUUGGAUUUGCAUUUGUGGAGUAUGAAAUUCCAGAAGCAGCUCAACUUGCACUUGAACAAAUGAAUAAUGUACUAAUGGGUGGAAGAAAUAUAAAGGUUGGUAGGCCAAGUAAUGUUCCCCAAGCUGCUCCAUGGAUUGAGCAAAUACUUCAAGAGGCCAGGCAGUAUGCUCGCAUAUACGUUUCGUCUAUACAUCCUGAUCUAUCUGAAAGUGAUAUAAAAAGUGUAUUUGAAGCAUUUGGAGAGAUUUUAUCUUGUAAACUUGCACCUGAUCAACUUACAGGCAAGCACAAAGGUUAUGGUUUCAUUGAGUAUGCAAAUCAAAGCUCUGCUAAUGAUGCAAUUGUUGCUAUGAAUUUGUUUGAUCUUGGAGGACAAUACAUUCGUGUUGGAAGGGCUAUAACACCUCCUGAUCAUGCACUUAAACAAGGGCCUCCACCUGCUGCUUCAUUGCUUGCUGCAAAUGUCAUAUCAGCUAGUAUUCAAGGACAGGAAGCUGUAUCUGCUCAUGGAGCAACCGCUUUGCAUAUGAAUCCAGUAACACCUUCUUUGUCUCCAGAUCCUUUUGGGUUGCCGCCUAUACCACUACAGAUUCCAGGUUUUUCUCCAACAGUGUCUAAUGGCUCUGUGUAUAAUAUUCAGACAAGUAGCCAAGCUCAGGUAUCUUAUGGUCAAACAACACUAAGUUAUGGUUUAUCUACAAUGCAGUCUCCUUUUUCUCAGCAACCAGUUUCUUAUAGUCAAUCUACUUCUAGUUUAAAUAACACUUCAUAUCCGACGCCUGGUAAUCAACCAGUACCCGAGGAGCGUCUAACUAGUCGACAACAGCGCAAAAAACAGGAGCUUCUCGAUCACAAACACGCCGGUGAACAAAAUCUUGAACGAGAAGAAAAGUUAGAGAUAUCUGGAAAAGAUGCAAGAUACAUGAUGAUGCAGAAAUUGGCUCGCAGCGGCUCAUCUCCCGUCCUCGUUUUAAAAAAUAUGGUAACAAGCGAUGAAGUAGACGAGGAAUUACAGACAGAAGUAACGGAAGAGUGUAGUCGCUUUGGCGAUGUAGUUCGUGUUGUUAUAUACCAAGAGCGUCAAGGUGAAGAGGACAAUGCUGAAGUUAUCGUCAAAAUAUUUGUCGAGUUUUCGAAACAUUCCGAAGCAGAAUCAGCUCAAUCGGCAUUAAACGGUCGUUGGUUUGGAGGAAACUCGAUUCAAGCUGAUAUUUACGACGAAGAUAAAUAUAAAUCUCAAGAUUAUACGGGUUAAUUUAACAAAAAUUCGUUUUAAUUAUAAUGCUGUUGUUGCGUGAAAUUCAAUUUUACUCAGCGGCAUUUAAAGUUAUUUUUAUUGCAAAUACUUUUUGUAAAUAUUUUUAAUAAUUAUUAUAUAUAUAUACACACUUA